AUGUCUACCAAUUUCCAUUCGGACGAACGCCCGGAGAGUCUGGCUGUCGUCGGUAUCGGUCUCCGUCUCCCGGGUGCGCGCGACAAGAAAGAGUACUUUGAGCUCCUGAAGGAGAGCCGAUGCGCUAUCGGUCGCGUGCCCCGCGACCGCUGGAACCCCGAUGCGAUGACACAGCUCGGCGGUGUCCCGGGUAUGGUCGUCACCGACCAGGGUGGUUUCGUCGACCCGCACACGGAGAUCGACUCGCUCGAGUUCGGUAUCUCGCCGGCUGAGAGCAAGAAGAUUGACCCUCACCAGAUCAUGCUCGUGGAAAUCGUGCACCAGGCUCUGGAAGACUCUGGUAUCCACUACCGUGGCACCAACACUGGUGUCUUCGUGACGGGUUCGCCCGAUGUGCACAAUCUCGGUAACGAUAUGUGGGACAUGGGCCCGUACAGUGCUACCGGUGCUGCGUUCUCGAUGCAGGCCAACCGUCUGUCGUACCUGUUCGACUUGCGUGGUCCGUCCGUGUACCUCGACACGGCCUGCUCGUCCAGUAUUACGUGUCUGCACUUGGCCCGUGCUGCUAUCCUGCGCGGUGACUGUGACAUGGCCGUCGUUGCCGCUGUCAACCUGAUCUUGGCGCCGCACGCCUCGCUGUCGUUCUCGACACUGGGUACGCUGUCGGCCACCGGUCUCUGCCACACUUUCGACGCGUCUGCCGACGGUUACUCGCGUGGUGAGGGUUGCACCGUCAUUAUCCUGCAGCGCACGGAGGACGCUGUGCGCUGCGGUAGCCACAUCUACUCGGAGAUUACUGGUACUUCGAUCAACGCCAACGGUAAGGGCAAGUCGAUUACCAUGCCCGACGGUCCGCAGCAGAAGGCGGCGACCUACGCUGCCUACAAGGAGGCACGUCGUGACCCGACCGAGACGGUGUACGUUGAGUGCCACGGUACUGGUACGCCGGUCGGUGACCCUAUUGAGGCGAACGCUGUCGGUGAGGUGUUCACGCCGGGCCGUGCGGAGGGUGACUACCUGAAGAUCGGUUCGGCGAAGACCAACGUCGGUCACUUGGAGCCGGCGGCCGGUCUUGUGGGCCUGAUCAAGAACUGCUACACGCUCGACAUGGGUCUGCUUCUGCCGCACCUGCACUUCAAGAACCCGAGCCCGAACAUUCGUUGGGACGAGUUCAAGAUCAAGGUGCAGACGGAGACGGAGCCGCUGCCGAAGAACAAACUCUCGAAGGACGGCAAGUACAUUGUGUCGCUCUCGUCGUUCGGUUUCGGUGGUGCGAACAGUCACACUGUGAUGGAGCGUGUGCCGAACAAGUCGCUGGAGCUGAAGGACCAGUCGCUCUCGCCGAACGACCCUAUGCUGGUGGCCAUCGGUGCGCUGAGCAACCGUGCUGUGACGUCGCUGAGCAACACCAUCUCGGAGGUGUGGACGGAGACCAAGGACCCGCUCACCGCCUCGUUGCUGGCGCGUACGAUGACAGAGCGUGCGCGUGGUAACCCGAACCUGGCGUACGCUGUGGCCUCGCUGAACGAGCCGCUGAGCUUCUCAGAGACGGUCGUUGCCUCGACGCCGGAUCUAAACCCGAUCAAGGCGUUCGUGUUCUGUGGUCAGGGUCCGCAGCACGAGGACAUGGGCCGUCAUCUGUACGUGCGCUUCAAGGCGUUCCGUGAGUCGGUGAACGAGUCGUUUGCCAUCGUGAAGAAGUUCCACGACAAGAACUUCGAGGAGGAGUACGGUCUCUUCAACCCUGACGCGGAGGGUCACGUGGCCAAGACCGAGUCGGGUGGCUGGACGGUGGAGUGCAUUGUGAUUGCCAUCACCAUCUUCCAGAUUGCCCUGUUCGACCUGUGGGUCGACCUGGGUGUGAAGCCUGAUGUGGUCAUGGGCCAUUCGGUCGGUGAGAUUGCCGCGAUGUACGCCUCGGGUGCCCUGUCGCACGAGAAGGCCAUUCGUACGGCCAUUGCCCGUUCGAACGCUCUGACGCUCCUUGACAAGGUUGACGGUCAGAUGGCCGCCCUUGGUAUGGGCCGUGAGGAGGCGGAGAAGCUCAUUCAACGCAUCAUGAAGGAGCAGAACGUCACGGAGGGUCUCUGGGUCUCGGCCUCGAACUCGACCAACGCCGUGUCGGUGUCGGGUAAGACGAGUCUCUUGGAGGCAGUUGUGAACGACUGUGAGGCGCAGGGCAUCUUUGCGCGUCACCUGCGUGUCGGUGGUCCGUACCACUCGCCGAUGGUGUCGCCGUGUGGUGAGCCAUUCCUCAAGGAGGUGUACCCGAUUGUCGAUGCCGAGAAGAACGUGCCUACGACGCGCUUCAUCUCGACGGUCGACGGUCGCAUGCACGAUGUCGGCCAUGCGCUCGACGCUCAGUACUGCUGGAAGAACGUCAGCCAGCCUGUGCUGUUCCGUGAGUCGAUGGAGGCGCUGCACGCCUACCGCAAGGAGCAGGACCGUGGUCUGCUGGUGGUUGAGAUUGCGCCGCACUCGGUGCUGGGCUCGUACAUGGAGGAGAUCACCCGCUCGGUGGGUGGUGAGCGCACGACGAUUGUGUCGUGUGCUCGUCGCCCUAACUUUAAGAAGGGCGAGACGAAGGACACCCCUGGCGAGAUUACGCAGUUCCUUGGCGCCGUGGGUGGUGCGCUCCAGUCGGGUGUGCGUGACGUGAUUGUGUACAAGCUGUACAGCGACGAGUUCAUUGACCGCCCGAUGGGUGUGAACUCGACGCUGGAGAAGCUGCCCGAGUACCCCUUCCUGCCGCUGAAGAAGGUGACGCAUGAGGUGUCGUUCCCUGAGCACCUGCGUAUUCGUGACCCUGCGCCGCCGCUGUGCAGUGAGACGUUCCGUAUCAAUGCGCAGACGCACUCGUGGACCAAGGGCCACAAGAUUCGUGGCACCAUUGUGUUCCCUGGUGCCGGUUACGCCGAAGCUGCGCUCGAGGCUGGUGCGCGUACGAUUACCAACAUGAAGAUCCACCGUGCGAUGGUCGUCGAGGAGGAGGGCACGCCGAAGUAUGCCCAGUUCAAGAUGACGGGCAUCAACGGCGGCUGGGAGUUCCGUUCGUCGGGUAAGAACGCCGUGAACGACGCCGGUCUGAUCUUCGACCAGCUGCACGCCAGCGGUCAGAUGACGACGGAGAGCACGCCGCUGGGCCCGUCGAACAUUGAGGAGGUGUUCGGCAAGAACUGGAUCGAGCACUUUGACAUUGUCAUGGACGGCGAGACGUUCUACUCGCGUCUGCGUCCCAACGGUUCGAUGCACACGGGUGCGUUCGGUAUGAUCAACGAGGUUCGUGGCUCGACGACGCGUGAGGACGACUACAUUGCGUUUGUCGAUGUGUUGCCGGACCUGUGGACCUCGCGUGAGGCCUACGGUAUGAUCUUCCACCCUGGUCUCCUUGACUCGGCCUUCCUGUGUACCUGGAUUCCUGCGCUGCCGUUCGACGGUACCAAGCUCGGUGUCGAUGCCUUCUUGCCCAACCAGCUGGACAUUCUUACGGUGCGUGCUACGCCGGAGGAGAUCCGCAACGCGAAGCAGCUUGUGCUGUACGUCCAGACGCUCAUUAGCAACGACCAGAACAUCAAGCACAACAUUCUGAUGUUCGACCGUGCGACCGGCAAGACCCUGGCCUUCCUCAAGGGUCUGGAGUGCCAGCGUAUCAAGGACACGGCGAAGGAGCGCGAGGGUUACACCGAAAGCUGGGAGCCGCGUGCAUUGGACGCGACUGUGAAGCCCACCGAGGCGUUCACCAUCCAGCCGGAGCUUACGACCAAGUUCCUGGGCAACAUGGAAGGCGAGGACGAGUCGGGUGUUGUGGCGGAGGCGCUCAAGAGCGGCUCCGUCGUCGGCACGCAGCUGCAGGACGACCUGUUCAGCGUGCCGGGCUUCACUACGGAGACGGUCGAGAGCCUGAACACCAUGGUGCAGCGUGUGCUCAUGUCGUCGCACGAGAAGCUGCCGCGCCGUGUGUUCCGUGUGCUUGAGAUGUACCCGCGCCACCGCAAGACGAACCUCCAGCCGCUGGUCCAGUGGGCCGAGCGCCGUGGUCUGUACGUGGACCUUGUGCGUCUGAACAUUGCGUCGGCGGAGCGUGGCUCGGAUGCGUUCCUUACGGGCCCGUACGACAUUCCGCAGGCCAUUCUCGACUCGAACCGCACGAUCCCUGCGUCGUUCGACGUGGUCGUCGCGUGCGAUGUGCUGCGCUGCGCAUCCGAUGUGAGCGCGGCCCUCAAG